AGUGAAAUUCUAAAAACAAAAUUUAAUGUCAGUUUUCGGAUGAUUUUGUACCAAUUAUUUAAUCGUGGCGUGUUUUAUAAAUGAUUUAAUGGAUAUCGUAUAUGUGUAUUAGAUAUUUCUAUCAAGAUCAAGAAUUUAUUAAAUAAAUAAUAGUUUUAAUUUGAAAACACGAUCAACUGCUUACACCGGCACUGCUCACCACCAAUGUCACAGGUCGAGAGCAAAGUAGAGGCUAUUAGUGAAUACAUAGACACAGAGUAUUCAGGCGGGGACUCUAACAAAAUGAAAUUGAAACAGUUUUACCAGGAGGAAAAUAACAACGACAUAGAUGAGAUAACAAAGGACUUCUCUGACAUGGGAUGUAUAGUUGACACAUUGAAACGGCCACCAAACAUAUGUGUAGAGACUUGUGUGUAUAACGAUUCAGAUUCUGACCACGAUAAUGAAAAGACUGAUGAUAAUGGCAAUGAUAAUGAUGAUGUACAUUAUUCAGAUGAGUUUGAGGAAGACAGUGAGGUGGAAGAAAUUAAUGCAAUCAGUAAAUCGGAAAACAAUAGCACAAGUCAGAUAAAACCAAAUGAAUCUAUAAUUAAGAUGUCCAAAAGUCAUUCUUCUGUGUCUAGCAAGCCUCCUUCAAUGUCUGGUAGAUCUGGAACUUCUACAGGAUAUGGAUCAAUAUCCGUGCCGCAAACGCGACGGAUCAACAUGUCCUUCACGAAUGAGCGCCUGCGCGAGAUUGAGCGGCACAAUCACAUAUUACUGAACAAAAUAUUAUGCGCGCGAAAUAAUAGGAAGUCAUCUAUCCCCCCACGGGAGGGGAGGGAGGGGAGGAAACCGGUGCCCCCCGCGGCUGUGCACCGCAAGAAUAAGCAGAGACAGAUUGAUCAUGAUAAUAUGAUAUUAUUAAAGAAGAUCCAACGCGCGAAGUCAUCAGCAUGCAGUAUCCGUCGUUGAUAUAUACAGCGCGUCCAAGGAGGGCGCGAAAUAAUAUACCACUUUGUUGAAUAUAUUUUUAUUACGAAUUUUAA